AUGAAAGGUUCAGUGACAAAAGAUGAGAGUAAUGGUCAUCAUUUUUCUGAAUCAACUCAAUCAGCAUUUCGUCGUAUUUCUGUAAAAAAAGAACACAAAUCCGAUGAUAAAAAUGAUUUACCAUUUAUUCUUGGAAAUAAUAAUUCAACAUCUACAAAUGGAAAUGGAAAUAGUAAAAUUUUUACUUCAACAACAUCAACAAUUACAACACACACACCGCCACUAUUAAAUCCUUUUGAUUUACUUUCGUCAAGUUGGUAUAAAACAGCAGCAGCAGCUGCAGCAGUCUUUCCAUACCAUUCGACUGCACCCUUUCUUCGUCCUGAAUUACUCUUUCCACCACCACCAUCGCCAUUUUUAGCAGCAGCUAUCGGACAAUUUUCUCGAUUCAUGAAUGAUGGUGCAAUGUCACGUUAUCCAUUUCCAUCUCAAAUGCCAUUACAGCCUCCUCCACUGGUAUCCUCUACUUCACCACCAUCGCCACAAAAACGAACAUCAAGACCACCACCUUCUAGUGUAUCAUCACCACCAAAAAAGAUGUUGACAAAGCAAGAAUCACCUAUUCCUUCGGAUCAACAACAACAACUCCAUUAUCAUCAAUACGCAAUAACAAAUAACAAUUUAUUUUUACCGACAACUCCAAAUUCAAUGUCAUCAGCUUUCAUGGGAUUAAUAAGAAAUGAUGGAAAACCAAAAAAUGUUAAAAAAUAUAAAUGUGAUGAGUGUCAGCGUGCAUUUUCAAGAAGUAACACACUUGUUACACACAAGCGUAUUCAUACGGGUGAAAAACCGUUUAAAUGUGAAAUAUGUAUGAGAGCAUUUCGUCAACCGGGCAAUUUAACUCGUCACAAAUUAACUCAUACAGCAGCUAAACCUUAUUCAUGUGUGACAUGUAAUAAAGCAUUUAAUCGUGCAUCCAAUUUACAUGCUCAUAUGCGUACACAUUCACAAACCGGUGCAUGUUUCAUUUGUACAAUAUGUCAACAAGAAUUUCAACAUAAAUAUGAACUUAAAAUACAUUCAACAAUUCAUAUUGGUUCAAAAAUGUAUUCAUGUCAACAUUGUGGUAAAAAUUUUAAAUAUUAUUCACAAUUGACAAAUCAUCUUCGCAUACAUACAUCACCGCUCAAUUUAACAUCAGCAGUUAUGUCUACUACAAAAUCAACAGCAAACAAUUCGAAUCAUGAUGAAGAGACACUCGAUAAUGAUCAACGCUCAUCAGCAGAAUCAGCGUCAGAAAACGAAGAUAAUAACUAA